GGAUGUAUUUCAGUGUUUAAUUUUUGGUCUUCAUAUAAAAGCUAAAAAAAAGUGCAGUUUUUGGUAGUUAUUUCAACAGAUUCCUAUUAAGGCCGAUCAGAAUGCAUAUGAGAACUAUCUUAGUCCUAUGUGCCGUUCUUUUUGUGAGCCUGGUCGAUGGUCAGGACCAGGUUCGCCGGGACUGCAAUGAAAUGGAAAGAAAGUGUAGAUCAUGUUUGGAUGAAAUCAACAGCGUAGGAGCCCGCACGCUUCCCAAUUUUAAUAGGGAAUGUCGUCAAAGGACGCAAAACCGUUGGCGUUGGAGGGACAUAGAUCGAUGUGAGCUAUCAAAGCUCAGCUGCUUGGGUUGGGAACGUCAGUUGAAUUGUAGUGAUCUUGCUGAACUAGCAGGAAUGACUCCCAUCAGAAGUUAAGAUUAAAAACUUUACCAUCUUAUUAGUAAAUAAAAUCAACAUGAGACCAUUGAGUAAA